GGCGGGAACGGGCGGUCUUCUGAACCAGAGCAGAAACGGCCUAGUUCUGGGCAAUGUUACCGGCUCCUCAGGCAAGAAGGCUUUCCUCACUAUUGGUUGAAGCCAUUAAGGAGUGUACAGAGGAGGAGAGAAAGCUUGAAGAUGAGCUAAAGAGUUUUCACAAACUUCUGAAACCUUGGAAUCCCAGCACUAGAGAGAAACCAGCAAAGAAUGGAACCACUACCAGCAGGACAGAGCAUGCUUCUAGUUAUGAGGAAUUGCAGGAGUUGGCAUUGUUGAAUAGAACAUUGGCCAAAGCUCUACGAAUUCGACAAACCCAUCAAAACGUGUUUGAAAUAAAGCAGAUCCAACCACAUACCUCUGAUGACAUCACAGUGCCAACUAAUGCAGGAUAUGGCAUUGUCAAACAUCCGCAGGCAGCCAGCUACAGAGAUAAACCUCUAGAGGAUGUUUUGUCAAGGACACUGUGGUCAGGUAGCAAGACAAAGCUAGGUGGUGCCAAUAUGAACAAUACUUGUGGAAAAGUGGCAGCAUCAGAAUGUAAGGAGAGGUACUUAUCAAGCCAUUUAGCACAUGGAGUUGCUGGGAAGAGGAUUGCAGCACAUGCUGUCUCUUCCAGGAAACCAGAAUCUUGUACAUUGAAGCUGCCAUAUAAAACCAAGCAGGAUGUGAAGAGAAAGUCUACGUCAUCAGCUGUGGGCAAAUUAGUUCGAGGCUCCUUGCAUACCUCAGGCCUAGUUAAAACUGCUGCUAUACAACAAACAAAACGAUCUGCCUCAGUUGACAGGGCAGGAAACAGAGCUCAACAAAGUAGGCUCUGGUCCUUGAAAACCAUUCCAAGAACAAUUGCAUCUCAUAAUGGUCUGAACCUGGAAGAUACAAACAUUAUUCAAAGAACAGUUACACCACACAGCAUGAAGAUUUCUGCAUUUGCAGACUCGGCUCCCAAAAUGACAUCCCCUGUCAUGAGCCAGCAGAGGGCCAAUUGUAUGAAAGAAACUGUACAUAUGAGUGCUUCUGAACAGAACAUGCUCCAAAAUGAAAGCUCUUCCAUGGAGAAACUCAAAUUAUUCACCCUUCAAGAAAGUGGGUCAACACUGAAACUUCCUUCAGAGUGGAGAAAGCAGCGAUGUAGAAAUGCACGCUUAUGGGGACAGGUGUCUGCCAGUGAAACUGAUGAAAUCCAGAAAGCAAGCUUCAUGCAAAACAUUCACUCAGCAUUCCAUUCGCAGCUCCCACCUGUAAGUUGUGCACAGAUUGAAGAACAAUUGGACAACAUCUAUGAGCUUUACAAAUGUAUUGACCAAUAUGUACGUACAGAUUUCCAAAUCAAUUCUUCAGGUCCCCUCAGUUAUCAGCAUGAACGUGAGAGUCUUCAGAUACUGGGGAGAUGCCAAGAUACUGUAUCAAGCCUCAUUCAGCAGAUUGAGCAGUUUGUGGAUGCUGAAACGUUUUGGACGAAGUUUGGGAGCUGUUGGACGGUCAACUUCAAAAAAUGCAAAUGUUUUGGUGGCAAGUCUGCACCUCUCCUAUUCUACUCCACACUGCAGGAGCUGAAGGAAAUGGAGGCUCUCCGGUUUCAAGUACAUACUCUCCAAAGACAGAUUCAGAUUCAAAAGGCUAUGGCAGAAGAGCUGCUUCCCAUUCUAUUUUCCUCCAUGCCUCUGGAGCAAUCUGUUUCCUACCUUUAUCGCGCUGUGUACGCUGAGCUGUGUGAAGGAGGCGAGCAAUUUCCUGCCUUGGUGCAGGAUAACAUACCCGAAUGACUGAAGCAACUGAUGCAGCCAACCAGUAUUUGCGACCAUAAUUCUGACAAAGAUCCAGGCCGGCAAGGUACUUCAAACAUUUCAGAAUAAUUUGACCAGAAGUUUGUCUGGAGAAGCACAAAAGAUUUCAUACAGAUUGCUCAUCUCCAGCACCAGCCAUACUCAGCCCAAUCACAAUUUCCUCCUUAAGUGCCACUUGUAAGGAUUUUCUGUGAAAUAAGAUUGGACAACUUCAACUCCCUUCCAUAUCAAAGAAGGCCCAGAAUUAGCACUUGAUGGUCAAUCUCUAUGGGAAAGAACAGUGGAUUAUUUGGUAUGAGAAAUGGAAAAAAUGUUAUGCAGAUGCAGUGUUCAUAGCUGAGGUAUUUACACUGCAUCUAGCCUGUACUGUACCUGCCUUUUAAUGUUCCAUUCCAGCAUUAACAUUAUUCAUAUUGAUAUAUAGCAAUAUACUUUUUGUAUUAUGCAUAUACACCAUACAAAAUCUGUACUUAUAUUGCUAGUUGAAUGAAAAAAUAUUCAAUGAUUCUAGAGUUUAGAUUUGUGCAGCUAUUAAAAAUCAUCAAAUGUAUUCCUUGAGUAUAUGUAUCCAAAGAAGAACUGUCACUGGCCAGCUCAUUUGAACUUCUCCACCCAGAGGCAUUGCUUUAUUUCUCACUUUUCAUCCAAGAUUCUGAUUAUUUCUGGGAACCAACUCAAAUACAUUGUCAACCUCCACAUCGGUGAACCUGGAUGGUGUAGUAAUCUAGGAAUAUAAGCGUCAGUCUCCUUUUCUAGAUUCACUUGACUGGGAAAAAUGAAUGACUUACAGGAUGAAUUUACAGAUGUAAGACAUUUUUGUUGUGAAACUUGGGCAUUUAACUGAAUUCUAAUAAAAGGAUGGCAACAG